UGCACUCUGACAGGAGCCAUCAUGGGGAGAGCUCUGAUGCAAACCACCCUCUUUGGUCUGUUGCUGACUUUGGUCACCUCAUUACCAAAUAAAGAUGACUGGGACAUCUACAGCUUUCACAUCAACUCCACAGUGACCAGUCGUUACGCUACAACAGUCAUCACAAGCCGCGUGGCCAAUCGAAUGAACGAAUCCAAGGAAGUAGAAUUCCAAGUGCGGAUUCCCAAGAAUGCCUUCAUCAGUAAAUUCAGAAUGUUUAUGGACGGCCAGGUGUACGAUGGUGUUGUGAAAACCAAGGAACAGGCUCAGCAGCAGUACACUGCAGCUGUAUCCCGUGGGCAAAGCGCUGGGCUCGUCAGCUCUGUAGGGAGGACCCUGGAGGAAUUUAAGACGUCAGUGACUGUGGCUGCUCACAAAAAAGUGACCUUUGAACUCACGUAUGAGGAACUGCUGAAACGCAGACACGGCAAGUACGAACUGCAAAUCCAUGCUCGGCCGAUGCAGCCUGUCAGCGACUUCAAGGUUGAUGUGUACAUUGAUGAAAAGGCCGGCAUCAGUUUCCUGGAGGUUAAAGGUGGACUAAGCACCAAAGCUCUGGCUAAUGCCAUCACCAAAACACUGACAGACAAACAGGCGUGGGUGUACUUCUACCCAACUGAAAGCCAACAGAAGACAUGUGACAGCUGUGGAGAGCAGGGUAUGAAUGGAGAUCUGGUUAUUGUUUAUGAUGUCAACAGGGACAUUUCAGUUGGUGACAUUAAGGCAUCAGGUGGAUACUUUGUCCACCACUUUGCUCCGUCCAGUCUUCCACGGAUACCAAAGAAUGUUGUCUUUGUUAUUGAUCAAAGUGGCUCCAUGGGCGGCAGAAAAAUACAACAGACCAGGAAAGCAUUAAUCCAUAUUUUGAACGAUUUGAAUGAAGAUGACUUUUUCGGUCUCAUCACUUUUGAUGGUGACAUUUUUCACUGGAAGAGAGAACUUGUUCAGGCCACCAAGACAAACGUGAACAGUGCCAAGACUUUUGCACAAAAUAUUCCAGCCAGUGGAUCCACUGAUAUUAAUGCAGCAGUGCUGGAAGGAGCUCGUAUUCUGAAGGCACAUCCCAGAGAAGGUUCAGCAUCGAUCCUUAUACUUCUGACUGAUGGAGACCCAACCUCAGGGGAGAGAAACCUUAAAACCAUACAGUCUAAUGUUCGAAAGGCCAUGGCAGGCAAGUUUCCUCUCUACUGUCUUGGUUUUGGUUUUCGCGUCAAUUUUGAAUUCCUUGAGAAGAUGUCACUGCAGAACAACGGUGUAGCACGACGGAUCUAUGAGGACUCUGAUGCUGACUUACAGCUGAAGGGUUUCUAUGAAGAGGUGGCCACUCCUCUGUUGACCAAUGUAACCAUGAUGUACACAGGAGGCACCAAUCUGACCCAGACUCACUUCACACAGUAUUAUAAUGGCUCUGAGAUUGUGGUGGCUGGUCAGAUCACUGACAAUGACAUCGAGACCUUCACUCCAGAAGUUAUAGCAAUUUCAGGAACAGGCAGUGUGAGGUUUUCUGACACUAAUCCCACUGUGGAAUCGACUGACUCAGUGCCUGACAGCCGCCUUCAGAGGGUUUGGGCCUACCUCACAGUCAAACAACUCCUGGACAAGGCGCUGCAGUUGUCUGGGCCUGAGAAGGAUCGAAUGAGGGAAAAGGCCUUGAAGCUGUCACUGAAGUACAGCUUUGUGACCUCACUCACAUCUAUGGUGGUCACCAAGCCUGAGGGAGACAACUCUGAUGUGCUGCAUAAACCCAAAGAAGGCCAGGUGCAGCCUAAUCCAGUUGCGACUUCACGUAUUUCAGGCCAGAUGCAGCCUAAUCCAGUUGCAACUUCACGUAAUUCAGGAAGUAGUGCUCGUGCUGGUAGUGACGGAAGAAGAGGUACCGUAUUUUUUCUUUUAAUACUCUUUUUAUAUACAGUAACUAUUUUUAUUGACAGAUACAGUAUCAAGGUACACCAUAUGUGCAAGAAGCAGAAGAAUCGAGCCCGCGCUCACUACGAAGAUUACGGUGACUUGGAUAUUACUGCUAGUCCUGCUUCUCCCCAUGGCACAGUAGCUACUGUUCCUGUUUUGCACAGGUUUUUGAUUAAAACUGAGAAUCAAUCUCUUCCACUCUGCUUUGACGUCCCUGGAGACACUCGCCUUAAACUACUUCACCAUCCCAGUGAGGAGCUGUCUGUGAUUGGUCUCCUGGAUUCACCACCAAAUACAGGAUUCAAACUAAUUGUCAUCCACUUUAAGAAUAGCCAGGUUGUUGAGCUGUGCCCUGAUGGCCUCAUUAAGCAACAGGUUCAAGGAGUUAUGCAUUACACUGGACAGAACCUUGUCUCAACUGACAUAACUGCUAUCGGACGAGACAAGGAAUUUGAUGUUGCCAUUGGAGACACUCGCAUGGUCGUCUUUAUUCAUGAGGUGGAUGGUAACAAGUUCCUCUGGCCGGUUUUAAGACAGAAACCGUCAGACAACAGCAUUGAUGGGAUUUUAGUUCUAAAGCCAGCAGUUUAUGAGGAGGUGCAGCAAAGUUCCUCCACAAAGCUGAAGAUCAGAGAUCAGGAGAUUGGUGUCACCAGAUCCAGUGCUGUUGACUACACUAUUUCUGCUGCCCCAACACUGGACUGCUGGUUCAUGUCUGCUGAAUCUGCUCUGCAGAGACGCCUGGAUGAUUUCAUUGUUUAAUCACCAGAAAUAUAAAAUAAAGAAAAAUAAUUAAUUCACUAUAGAUGAAAAUUGCAAAUCAAUAAAACAUAUUUCAAACCUU